CAGAAGCGCCACAGGAACACAUUAUCAAGAUGGCAAACAUAAUAGAUGUUCCUAAACCAAGAAUAAAUUGCUCGAUGCUCUCACAGCACAUCAACAGACCCGUGUGCUUUGUAGGGCGAGUGGAAAAGGUCCACCCCACUGGCAAAACCUUCACCGUUGAAGAUGGACAGGGAAAGAUUGCAACAGUGGAGCUAAAUGAGCCUCUUGAAGAAGAGCUGAGCGGAGUGGUGGAGAUCAUUGGUAUGGUGUCUAACAAAGGAGUCAUAAUGGCCUCCGUAUACAACAUGCUCAGAGAGGAUAAGGGAAACACGUUUGAUAUCCAGCUGUAUGAUGAAGCUUUGAGGGUCAUCCAUGACUUCCCUCAGCACUACCCCUUUGAAGGAGCUGCCAGUGGAUAAGCACUAUAGAAAUGCACAAAUUUUCACUUGUUAAUUUUUAAUUUCUGUACAAAAUGUUUUCAAA